AUGGUUUUGCCGAAUCGUGAUGAAUCUGUUAGUGAGGUGACAAUUCUUGAUAACUAUAUGGGGCAACCUUAUUCAAAAUAUGAAUUCUUGGGGAAAAAGUUGGGUUACCGCAUAAUGUUGUACCCAAGAGAGCACACUUUUUUCCUAUUGGUCAAAUCAGCCUUCUUCCCAGAAGGAUACCCCGAAUCGGUUAGCAAGGAUUAUUUUGAAUACCAAGUCUGGGAUACGGUGCAGGCAAUUUCUAGUAGCAUAAUAGGUGCCUUGGCUGGUCAGGCUAUUUUAGUCGGUGUUGGCGUUGGAGAUGGUAAUGCUAGCGUCCUUGCUGCAUCUCUUACAUGGAUAUUUAAAGGUGCCUCAUGCAUUGCUUUACCAUUUUUUAAUGCAUACUAUUGUGCUUGGAACUCUCUGUAA